AUGGCAAAACGUUCUAAAAUGAGUGCUCUUGAUCAUUUAAAACAAUUUUCCACCGUGGUGGCUGAUACCGGAGAUUUUGAAGCUAUGAAGGUAUAUAAACCUACUGAUGCUACAACAAAUCCUAGUUUGAUUCUAUCAGCUGCUGGAAUGGAACAGUAUCAGCAUUUGUUGGACAAAGCUAUAAAGUAUGGAAAAGAUUGUGGAGGGAGUAUUGAAGAGCAGCUUACUGAAAUUUUGGACAUGCUUAGCAUAUUGUUUGGUUGUGAGAUUCUUAAAAUUAUUCCUGGGAGAGUUUCUGUGGAGGUGGAUGCCAGAUUAUCAUUUGACAAGGAUGCCAGUAUGGCAAAAGCUAUUAAACUGAUCAGUAUGUUUGCUGAACAAGGUAUUAAGAAAGAGAGGAUUUUGAUCAAAUUAGCUUCAACAUGGGAAGGCAUUCAGGCGGCAAAAGAACUAGAGAAGAAGCAUGGUAUUCAUUGUAAUCUAACCCUACUUUUCUCAAUGUAUCAAGCUAUUGCCUGUGCUGAAGCAAAUGUCACUCUUAUAUCACCAUUUGUUGGGCGCAUUCUGGAUUGGUAUGUGGAGCACACGAAGAAAACUUACGAGGGCAAGGAAGACCCGGGCGUUGUGUCCGUGACCCGAGUUUACAACUACUACAAGAAGUUCGGCUACAACACUCAGGUGAUGGGCGCAUCGUUCCGCAACACCGGCGAGAUAAGGGAGCUGGCCGGGUGCGACCUGCUGACCAUCAGCCCCAAGCUGCUGCAGGAGUUGGCCGACAGCGAGCAACCACUGGACAGAGUUCUAGACCCAAAGGCUGCGGCCAAAAGCGAUAUAGAGAAGAUAUCGCUGACGGAAGCUCUGUUCCGUUGGCACUUGAACGAAGACCAAAUGGCCACUGACAAACUGUCUGAAGGCAUUCGCAAGUUCGCGGCGGACACCAGAAAGUUAGAGUCCCUCGUCAAGACGCUGCUGGCUAAGAAG